AUGGGAGGGGUGACCUCGAGUGUGGCGGCGAAGAUGGCCUUCUUCCCGCCGACACCGCCGUCGUACGCGCUGGUGGAGGACGCCGGUGCGGGGGUCACCACGCUCAGCGGCCAGCCGCACCGGGAGAACGUCGAGUUGCUGCGCCUCCGCACCCGCAAGGGGAACACGCUGGCGGCGAUGUACGUACGCCACCCGGACGCCGCGUCCACGGUGCUCUAUUCCCACGGCAACGCCGCUGACCUGGGCCACCUCUACCAGCUCUUCCUGCACCUGUCCUUCAACCUCCGCGUUAACAUCCUCGGGUAUGACUAUUCAGGAUAUGGGCAAUCGUCAGGAAAGCCGAGUGAACACAAUACUUAUGCUGACAUAGAGGCAGCUUACAAGUGCCUCAUAGAGAACUUUGGUGCCAAGGAAGAAGAAAUAAUUCUUUAUGGACAAUCUGUUGGAAGUGGGCCUACUGUAGAUUUGGCCAGUCGUUUGCCUCAGCUGCGAGCUGUUGUCCUGCAUAGUCCUAUAUUGUCAGGGCUGAGAGUUAUGUAUCCUGUGAAGCGCACAUAUUGGUUUGACAUCUACAAGAAUAUUGAUAAAAUCCCUCAAGUUACAUGUCCUGUGCUCAUUAUACAUGGAACUGCUGAUGAAGUGGUGGAUUGGUCUCAUGGUAAACAACUUUGGGAACUUUGCAAAGAGAAAUAUGAGCCCUUAUGGCUCAGGGGAGGGAAGCACUGUGAUUUGGAGCUCUUCCCGGAAUACAUCCAGCACCUCAAGAAAUUUUUCCACACGGUAGAGAAAUCGCCAUCCCAUAGGCAAGCCUGGAGGGAAAGUGGGGACCGGAUUGAACCCUCGCAGAAGAACACCGAUUUCUUUGAACCCUCGCGAAAGAGCACAGACCAAAGGGAAAAAUCAAGGUCAACUCGAGAUAGGACGAGAAACACUGAACAUAGAUAUAGCAAUGUCGAGAAGGUAGACAAGCUAAAGAUAUCAUUUGAUCAGUUUGAGAAAUCCAGGAGAAGUGUUGACAUCUUCGAGAGGCCAAAGAGGAACAUUGAGCAGUUGGACUGUGGUCGGAAGAGUGUUGACAGAUUGGACAGGAUUUGGGCUAGUUAA